CUUUCGUGGUAAAUCCGUGCGUUCUCGUAGACCAACACAAAAAGCACUAAUUAAUAACAUGUCAGCUUUUGAACACCUUAUUAGAUCCAAAAUGCGCGUCCAAUUUUCCAAUUCCUUUAUACAAAAUGUUCGAGCUUUGAAGAUGCUUCCGCUAUCGCUGACAGCAUAAUUCUCAUGCGAGAGUCGCACUAUUGCCAUGAAAAUUAAUUGGAGAUUAAGCGAGGUGAGAGUAUGACAUAAAAAACAGCGGUUUUCUCUACAUCCGUUUAAGCUCCGAUCACUCUAUUAUUGGAAGCUCAGAUCGAAAACCGAAACUAAUUUCAUCUCACAUGACAGCUUGCGCUCAACGCUACAAAAAUUUGUGACUUUUUUACUUAAUUAUGAACGUUACUCGAGGAAAAUCAAGUGUGAUAAUUCUCAGAUUGAUUAUCAUCCUACAAGGAGCCUCAAGCAUUUCUGGUGUCGAUAAAGAGUGUGAAUCAUGCUAUUCCUUCCAUGAUGACAUCAUGACAUGGCUUCUCAGCCGACAACAAUGCUCGGUUGCUGGUGGCGAUUUGGUUGUAAUGGAGACAAAGGAGGAGUGGGCGUUCAUCACGGAGCAAAUUCAAACCAAGACGGUCCCAGACGGGUCAAACGAGUCGUUCAUUGGGAUGGAGAUUCCUGACAAUUGGAAGAAAGGAGAGCCUUUGAAGUGGAAAAACGGAGCUAAUUUUACCCUCACAGACAAAUGGCAAUCAGGCAAGCCAACAGCGAAUGAAGGAGAGCAGCGUACUUCAAGCGUGUUGAUAUCACGAGAUUACAUGUUUAAAGGAUCUCUGAAUUCUAUAAGAUAUGAUUUACAGAGAGGUCGCAUCUGUGAAUAUAAGAAAGACUGUAGCCAAGCAGGUCGUGUGUCGCGAUGUAUCAGCCCAACUACAGAAACCCUUACGACUGAAACAAUAGCAGCUUCACAAUUAACACCGUCAUCUUCAGCAACAACAACAACUCUACGUACAAAUACCAAGACGACGGAGUCAGCAAUAACAACAAGUUUAUCGACCUCACUGCCAGUUAUUCUGCCGAAGGAGUCGUCGACUAUCCAAUCUCUAUCAACUCCAAGAGAUGAUGCACCUCACGCGUCUUCUAAGUCAUCUAGCGCGCUGUCCUUGGAGGUGCUGGUGGUCCUAGUACUCCUCUCUGUGGCAUGCAUCAUACUCAUCAUCAUCGUGUGCGUGUGGAAACACCAGCACCGCGAAAAAAAGCGUCCAAGAAAUUUCAAGGCAUGAGGGUCAAGGUCAAGGUCAAGGUCAACUCUAAUACUUACAAGAGGAUAUGAGCAGACGGGAGCAUACGGGAUAUGAGCAGACAGGCCGCUUAUCCGAGGGAGGCGCUUAUUUAAAAGGACUUUUUCUUGUCCAGAGUCUUUGAGCUCCAUUGCUUUCUUAGAACAUGUAUAAUAGUUAUUUUACUUAGUUACAAAAAAAUCUUGGGGGGAUGGGGGGGCGCUUAUUCGAGGGAGGCGCUAAUUCCAGUAAAUUUGAUAUAUCUUUGUUUAGACAACGACACUGGUAAAUCGCGCGCUCUGAUUGGUCAAAGUCCCGGUUAUUAAAAAAGGCACAAGCUAUUCGGAUCGCAUUUGCUUGGAGAACAACUCUCCUCGAUUACUGGAAGGAAUGUACCACAAAAUAUAGUUUUACGGACUAUUUGCACAUUUUGCAAUUCGAUAAAAUAAUAACAGCAAAACGGCUCUCGAUAUUUCCCCACUAUCCACCUCAAUGGAAAUGGUAUAAUUGUUAUAAUUGCGCAGUCUAACAUUUUAAUUAUCAAGAUUGCUAUCUUUCUCAGGAGCCGAUUCCAUUGAUUGAAAUGAAACAAGUGAACCGCACCCCAUUUGGCGAACAAAUGGUAUCACCUCUAGAGUGUACAGUGACGUCGCGGGAGGGUCCGAUAACCGGUCACCCUAUAACUAUAAGAAAGAGUGUAAUUACCGGUCACCACAUAACGUCACAGCGGUUGAAACCAGUCAUUACGCUGAGCUAUUAAGCCAGACGUCAGACUACGAGCCGCUACACGUGUAUGGAAACGUUGGAAGACAGAGCGAGAAGAGUGUGGAGUAUUGUGUGUUUUAAAAAGAGUUUUACCAAAAAAACAUCUUAGAAAUAAUAGAAGCCAUCUUUGGGUUUCUUUUGCUAACAUACGAACCAAAGAAGUGAAUAUUUGAAAGCACAUCAAUAGGAAAGAUGCAAAAAUUUAAGAAGAGACUAGACCCAAACGCCUAUACAGAACACCAAUAAGAUGCGAUAAUUUAAGUUGAGGCUACACCAAAACGUCACUACAGACGACACGGACAGUAAGAGUUCAUGAGCGUGUAUUUUGAUUCAUCACCUGUAUCAUAGCAAUAUGUUCCUUAUUUAGAAUGGUUUUAUCAAGAAUAAUGAAAUUAAAUCGUGCAAUCGUA